AUGCCAGAACUCGGACUCCAGCUCGAGUACACAAAACAUCCCAAAUACACUGGUCACAUUAUGGACUUAUUGCAGUCGAUAAGGAAUCUUAGAGGUGUUCCGGACAGCUCAUAUCGUCAAACUCGUGCCAGUUGCCAAAUUGAAGCUCAGAAGUUGAGGGACGAAGUCCAGUGUGAUGAAAUUUCCUUGACCAACGAGAGAAAAUAUCUUGAGCACGAAAUUAGAUCGAUAUAUAAGCAGGAUUUGAGAAAAAAAUUGGGGCAAGAAGUUGGAAUUCCGCUGAACGGGAGAGAUCAUCAAAUUAUUAAGAGCUUGCUGGAGGGUGCUCUGCAGGAGAGAUUUGAGAAAUUUGGAGAUAUUGGAAUGAUCAGAGAAUGGAGCCUGAUGACAGAUAGAGAAUAUCUGGAUCGGUUGAUCAAGUACUUAGAACCAGGUCAUCGUAUGUUUACAUUCAGGAUUCAUCCAGACAUAAAUGAGUGCUACAGAGGCGUGGCUCGCGAUUGGGACUCAUAUCGAUCCUAA